AUGCAAAAAGUGUCUGCCGCAGAUGUUCCCUGUCGGUCAGUGGAGGUAGAAUCACACCGCGUCUUUACCAGCCGCAUGGCAUCAUCUUCUCUUUCGAGCCAGAGGGUUGUAUCGGCCUUUCCUCUUCUCACACCAGAGGAAUUCGAAUGUGCCUGUCGCGCCUUCCUGGAUCGCAUUCAUGUGUUGGGCAGCUUAGAUGGGGUGGGAUGGUCCUCGAUCCGAUUUGUACAACAGGCAACCGGUGCAGUUCUGAAGAUAUCUCGGAGCAUUCACAAUUCCAAUACGCCCUACUACGACACCCUGUCCGCAUCUGUAGAUAUUGAAGAACCGCAAGUGGAAAUUUGUGAAGAUGAUCCUGAGGCCCUCAUUCGCGCAUCCCACUCUAGCAACUGUUUACACAUAGAACAUGACGUUAUUCUCUCCCCCACAUACCAAGUCCCUGUUUUGUAUUUCACAUUACGGCGGGCCAAUCAUCCCGGGCCGUUGGGGAUAGACGAAGUCUACCAAUAUCUGGUACCAGACCAGUACAGAAAGGAACUUCAAGAUGUCGGUGUCAUGGGUGGCAUUAGUUUCGGAUACCAUCCACAAUCCGGAAUUCCGGCGUUCUUCGUUCACCCAUGCAACACCGCAGACGCUAUGAAGCAAAUCGCAGGCCAGAAGCAGGUUACGCCCGAGGCGUAUCUCGUUAUAUGGCUCGGUAUGGUUGGCAAUCGCCUCAGUCUUCACCUGCCACAUGAACUCUUUGCAAAAGAGGGCGUGCAAAAACUCCAAGGUCUAGGUUAA